AUGUCGGAAGGCACACUUUUCAAGCCGGAGAAGGACUAUACAAAGGAGGCGGACAAGGUUCUCCCCGAAGCAGAAGCAUUAUCCAAGAAAGAUAUCCACAAAGCCAUUGACAAAAUUCUUUUGCUCGAGAAACAAGCAAGACAAUCCUCAGACCUUGCCACAACCUCACGAUGUCUAGUUUCCAUUGUAACCCUAUGCAAAGAGGCUGGAGAUUGGAGCCUGUUGAACGAGCAAGUCCUACUUCUAUCAAAGAAACAUGGCCAACUGAAACAGGCCAUCACAAAUAUGGUUCAAGUUGUCAUGGGAUUUCUUGAUGACACACCAAACCUUGACACCAAACUCAGUGUCAUCGAGGCACUUCGAACUGUGACUGAGGGCAAGAUCUUUGUGGAGGUCGAACGCGCCAGGAUCACUCGAAUACUCUCCAACAUCAAGAAAGAGCAAGGCGACAUCAAGUCAGCAUGCGACAUUCUUUGUGAACUUCAAGUCGAGACGUUCGGAUCGAUGACGAGAAGAGAAAAGACAGAGUUCAUCCUAGAACAGGUGGCACUGUGUAUACAGAACGGUGACUGGACGCAGGCAGCGAUCCUAAGCAGAAAAAUCAGCACGCGGUAUUUUGCCCGAAAGCCGAAGAAAACACCCGAGCAGAUAGAAAAAGAGAAGAAGGAGAAAGCAGACAAGGAAAAGAAGAAGCCCGAAGAGGAACCUGAAGCGGAGCAAGAAGACGAUGUCACAGAUCUCAAGCUGCAAUAUUAUGAACAGCAAAUCACCCUGGCAAAACACGAAGACAAAUACCUGGAAGUCUGUAAACACUACCGACACGUUUUGGAUACCGAAUCAGUGGAGAACAACCCUGAGCAGCUUCGUGCCAUUCUUCAGAGAGUCAUCUACUUUGUCCUGCUGGCGCCAUACGAUAACGAACAAUCCGACCUCCUCCACCGCAUCUACCAGGACAGUCGUAAUUCCGAAGUCCCAAAAGACGCAGCACUGCUAAAACAAUUCACAAUCCCAGAACUCAUGCGCUGGCCCAUGGUUGAGCAACAAUACGGUGACCACCUCUGCUCGACAGACAUCUUCUCCAAGACUGCGGAUGCGAGCGAUCCACAGGCUCAUACCCGCUACGAAGCGCUGAGGCAUCGAGUGAUCGAGCACAACGUUCGGGUAAUUGCAAAGUACUACACCCGUAUUACUUUCCCGCGUCUAACCGAACUGCUGGAUCUCUCGGACGAAGAGACCGAGAAGUAUAUAUCGGACCUCGUCACCAAAAAGACGGUUUACGCCCGCAUUGACAGGCCCGCCAGAGUGGUGAGCUUCGAAGUCAAACGGGGACCGGACGAGGUGUUGGACGAAUGGGGCAACAGUAUGAAAGGCCUCUUGCAGCUUUUGGAGAGAGUAGGGCAUUUGAUGCAGAGAGAGGAGAUGAUGGCGAGGAUCCAACCAAAGGAGGAAGUCAAAAGAGCCAAGGCUUAG